AUGGCCGAUUACCUCAUCAGCGGCGGCACCGGCUACGUGCCCGACGACGGGCUGACGGCGCAGCAGCUCCUCAACUGCGGGGACGGGCUGACCUACAAUGACUUCCUUAUUCUUCCCGGCUAUAUUGACUUCACUGCAGACCAAGUGGACCUGACUUCAGCUUUGACCAAAAAGAUAACCUUAAAGACUCCCUUGGUUUCCUCUCCCAUGGACACAGUGACAGAGGCCAGCAUGGCCAUUGCAAUGGCGCUCACAGGUGGGAUUGGAUUCAUCCAUCAUAACUGCACACCGGAAUUCCAGGCCAAUGAAGUACGGAAAGUUAAGAAAUAUGAACAGGGAUUUAUCACGGACCCAGUGGUGCUGAGCCCCAAGGACAGAGUGAGAGAUGUGUUUGAAGCAAAAGCCCGUCACGGAUUCUGUGGCAUUCCUAUCACAGACAAUGGAAAGAUGGGUAAGCUGGUGGGGAUCAUCUCAUCCCGAGACAUUGACUUCCUGAAAGAGGAGGAGCACGACUUGCCCCUCAGUGAGAUUAUGACAAAGCGGGAUGAUCUCGUUGUUGCCCCUGCAGGGGUAACAUUAAAGGAAGCAAAUGAAAUUCUGCAGAGAAGCAAAAAAGGCAAGCUGCCAAUUGUUAAUGAGGAGGAUGAGCUGGUGGCUAUAAUCGCCCGCACAGAUCUGAAGAAGAACCGUGAUUACCCGCUCGCAUCUAAAGAUGCUAAGAAGCAACUGCUCUGUGGCGCUGCCAUUGGAACCCAUGAAGAUGACAAGUACCGCCUGGACCUCCUAGUGCAGUCGGGGGUGGAUGUCGUCGUCUUGGAUUCCUCUCAGGGCAAUUCCAUUUUCCAGAUCAACAUGAUCAAGUAUAUCAAGGAGAAAUACCCUAACCUACAGGUCAUUGGAGGCAAUGUGGUGACGGCUGCUCAGGCGAAGAAUCUGAUUGAUGCAGGGGUCGAUGCUCUAAGGGUCGGGAUGGGCAGUGGCUCCAUCUGCAUCACACAAGAAGUCUUGGCCUGCGGCAGGCCCCAAGCCACAGCAGUGUACAAAGUGUCCGAGUAUGCCAGGAGAUUUGGGGUCCCGGUGAUCGCAGAUGGAGGGAUCCAAACCGUGGGACACGUUGCCAAGGCCCUGGCACUCGGUGCUUCCACAGUGAUGAUGGGCUCUCUCCUGGCUGCCACCACGGAAGCCCCUGGCGAGUACUUCUUCUCGGACGGAAUCAGGCUGAAGAAAUACCGGGGAAUGGGAUCGUUGGACGCCAUGGACAAGAACUUGGGCAGCCAGACGCGCUAUUUCAGUGAGACAGAUAAAAUUAAAGUGGCCCAGGGGGUCUCUGGUGCAGUGCAAGACAAAGGCUCUAUCCACAAGUUCAUCCCGUACCUGAUUGCUGGGAUCCAGCACUCCUGUCAGGAUAUCGGUGCCAAGAGUCUGACCCAAGUCAGAGCCAUGAUGUACUCGGGAGAACUGAAGUUUGAGAAGAGGACGACGUCUGCCCAGGUGGAAGGAGGAGUUCACGGCCUCCAUUCGUAUGAGAAGCGCCUCUUCUGAAGGAGGGUCCGUGCCUGUACUCAGCACCUUGCUGCUCUGCAGCCCUCAGCUGCCACGCACCUGAGCUGCUCCUUUCACAGAAGUGCCAUUAUCCUGCAAGCGCCUGCUGAUCCCUGGGCUCAGCAGCUGUUCUCCGGCCCUGUGCUCCCAAUGCCCCGGGGCAGCGGGGCUCAGGCCCAGCCCAUGUUUUACAAUAAAAGAAAAGCGGUGGGG